UUGGUGCGCUAAAACUGUUGGACAUUCAAGACAGGCAUGAAUUCACACGGUCUAAAAAUAGCAUUGUAAAUACAAACUCAUACUGUGUAGACUAGAGUGUAGGCUGAAAACUGCAUCGAUAGCUUCUGUAUGUAUUUUUAUUAUUUGGGUAGUUUGAAGCAAAUGAAUAGGUAAUGGACACCGAUUAAUUGAUAGAGAUCAUACGUAAACUUCAUUCCGUUUUUAUCUGAACAGUUAUCAAUUGGAAAUGUCAAACCAACUCUGAUUAGGCAGAGAUCAGAACUUGCCAGAAGAAGGUCGAAAAAGUCUUGAUUAACAAUGGCGAAGUUAACAACAUAGCAACCUAUUGGAAAUUAGUUCACUCCGUUUCAUGUCAGAAGAAACUCGUGGGGAGUAAAGCAAGAAAAUAAAAAAAGGUGCAUUUUGUUCUAUUAAUUUGCUGGAAAGAGUUCUAGAAGAAAAAUGAUAAAGCAGUUAUAGACACUCCUGGUCUUUGUGCUCCUCUUACUCUGCCUCUGGCACCAUGAUCCCCUGGUUACCCGAGUGCUACAUUGUCAUGGGGGCUAUGCCGAGGUGGACUCCAUGACAGAGGCGGUGGCCGGGGAGAGCUUCCUCAUGGACUUCAUCUCCUGUAAGAGGAGAGAGGAGGUCCAGGCCCAUACCACGGUUGACUGGCACUUCAGAGCCACAGGAGAGGAGGAGUACAUCCGCAUAAAGAUCAUGAUGUACGUGCUGAUCGUGGUGCUGCAGCUGUGGAUGUUUGUGGUGCUGAUCCACUGCUACAACAAGAUCUGGGCUGAACACGAGGCGUGGGACGCCCGCAAAACCUUGAGGGCCCAAGAACUGGCCCUAAUAAACGAACCUUUAGACUCAAAGGACAAUUGUGAUGGAGUGCUUCUGGAGUGACUUGUUACGGUAAACAUCAAAGGUGGAGAACUCUGUCACAAGCAAUUGUUACCACUACACUAGUAGGCUAUUACAUCAUAGAAACAUCAUUUGAAUGUCUUAGCAUAGUGUGUAACACAUGUGGUUUACAAUGUACUUAAUUUGCUGUACGAGGUAGUUGCAGCUGGCAUGAGUGGUGAUUAGAUUGACAGGUGGUGCCGAACAGCCUUAGUGUGUCAACUCAACAGAGAAUGUCAUCACGUGAUGGAUCAACAGUUCUGACAAAGCUCUGAUUACAGAUGGUUCCACCUAAGCUACAUAGAACGCUUUGGCAGGAACAACCAUGCAUCUACAUAGAUAGAUCUCAUCUACGACCAUGUUGUUAAAGUUUAUUAGAAUCGCUUUGGUGCUAUUUUCACAACUCUUAAUCCAAAACUCCAAGCUGGUCACACUUAUAAUGCAGCAAGUCUUUCAUUCAAAACCUGUCAUUAUGCAUUCAUUUGGAUUAUAAACAUAUCUCACCACAC